CUCACUUGUGGCUACCUUUUAAUUAAGCAAGGAAGGGGUGAAUAAAUAGGAAGAGAAACUUGGAUUGCAAGUCACAAGUUCAACUAAUUUUGUUCUUUGAAUAGUUUCACUUUGAAAGAGGAAAUAAAAUGCAUCAUUUUCCAGAAAAAAGCAGUCUUGUUGAUUCAGGCAAAGAAACUAGAAGUAAUCAGCAGCCCCUUUGCCCUAAACCUCGCCGCCUUGGCCCCGUGGUGCCGGAGUUUCUGAAGCCUCUGAGAUGCACCAAGCACAGCCCAAUGGACAUUGAAGAUGGGAGAAGUAUAGUUUUGAACAUGAUUGCUGGAAAGUCAGUUGAUAAAACGGAAUUUCCAUGCACGGGGUGCUCACCUGUGUAUUACGCCGGCUCACCGCCGGGCAGAACAGGGAAUCCUUUGGUUCACAACGUGCAAUUCCAUCAUCAAAUGGAGCUUUAUUCUCCUUUCACAAGAACCAAACUUUCAGAUAAAUUCGGCCUCACCUCUACCUCUCCCGCAUGAAGAUGGUCUCCCAAAAUGGGAUUUUUCCGGUGACAUUUUUUGUAUCAUCAUCCUCCAUUGGUAUAUCUUCUCCGAUUGAAUCAUGUGUCUGCCCCCGUAUAUACAUAGGACCCAGAUGUAUCUUUGUGCAUGGUGUUCUUGUAAUUUCUUGUCAGAAACCGUGAAAUUUUGUUUCUUUCUGAGAUUUUCAAUGAAAUUCAAAGUUUCCC